CAGGCUUCUGGUUUUGAGGGUUCAGCUGUUCUGCCUCUUUAGCAUUUAUUGCCUCUUUUUAUGCUCAGAUUUUUUUCACAGAUAUUAUGUUGUUGGACGGCUCCGAGGGUUUUGAAUCUCUGCAGGAGCAACUCCAGAUGACAGUCACGCUCUUCUAUACAUAAUCUUGAGUUGUGUUCCUCCAGCAAGUGGCCGUGUUUACAUAGAUUUGAAGCUGGAAAGUCGUGAUGUGCCAAGACAGCUACUACCGCGCACAACGCACCCCGUGCCUUACAUCGUUUCCCAUCUGAUAUGCUUGGUCUAUAAUUUUGUCUCAUUGAAUUGAUGGAUCGCUCAAGGACCUCCACUAUGGAUCCCAAUGUGCCAACAUACAGGAGACAUUUCAGCACCACUCUUGCUCUACAUAGUGACACAAGUAGCGGAACAGCUGGAACCUUCACAAGUCCCAAACCGUAUGUCAUUCCUGCGGACGAGGUGUUGGGAGAUUGCGACGAACCGCUCUUGACACCUGGAGCCUCGGUGCACGUCUUGCCUGUUGACAAGGGGUCGUUUGUUAAAAGGGUGUUCUUUUUACUUGGAAUAAUUAUACUAGUACCAUCAACUUACCUGAUGACAGCCAGUGACUACUGGAUGUACAAGUUCAGGAAUGCCACAGCGGGACCACAUGUGAACGCAUCUGCAAAGACAACCUUGCAGACUAACUUCUUUGCAGCCUAUGGUGUCUUCACAAACCUACCAGCUUUAGCCACAAUCUCAGUCACGAUUAUGUUUAACCACAGAAUACAGCAGAGACUGCGCAACAUGAUUUCAUUAUGCACUGUGAUAGUGAUCUUUGUAAUGCUGACAGUGUUUGUCAAAGUGGACACGGAUAACUGGCAGUAUGGAUUCUUCAUGUUCAUUAUGGCUACCCUUCUCGUCUUGAAUGUGUUUGGAACUUGGCUUCAAGGAGGAAUAUUCGGCCUAGCGUCACUUUUGCCUCAGGAAUACAUACACAGUUGUGUCAUUGGAAUGUCUGUUGGUGGGGUGCUCUCCUCGACACUCCAAAUCUUGGCCAUUGUUUGGCACCCGCAUCCAACGAACUCUGGCCUGGUCUAUUUUGGGUGUGGCACUGCCCUAUUGGUUGUGGGCCUCUUAGGUUUCUUGGCUAUUCAGCAUGUGGAGUUCUUCAAGUACUAUUUGAAAAAUCCUGCAGCGAGCGUCCAGGACAUAAUCACAUACGAGGACCUUGGGGUUGAUGUCCCAGUUGUUUUGCUCUUCAGAAGGGUGUGGCAAGAGGCAAUAUCGAUCCUGGUGAUAUUCUGCGUCACUCAGUGUGUCUUUCCAGCCGUCACUGUACUCGUAGUGUCAAAGGAUGUCCAUUCUGGAUCUGCAUGGUCAGGGAGACUCUUCAUUCCUGUGUGCUGUUACUUCCUCUUCAAUGCUGCAGACAUGUCUGGAAGAAUAGGCAGCUCAUAUGCCCCUUUGGGAGAAGGCAAAGAAAAAUUGGUCUUAUUGCUCAGCAUUGUCCGUGUUAUCUUCAUACCGCUGUUCCUGCUGUGCAACACGGAGCCCCAUGCACACAUGCCAGUCAUCUUUGAUGAUGUGACCUACAUUGUGCUCAUGACUGCAUUUGGCUUCAGUAAUGGAUACCUGUUUUCAUCAGCCAUGGCACAAGCACCUAAAAAAAUGGAGUCAUAUCUUCAGGAGAAGACUGGGGCAAUGAUGACAGGGUUCGUCAUUGCGGGACUGGCGAUUGGUGCAAUGCUUUCAGUUGUUGUGGUGAGACUACUGUAGACGAAAGGAUCCUGCAUUCACUUUCACCUGUGCAACAUGAACAGUCUGACUGGCACAGAUACGUGGAACUUAGUGUUCAUUGCAAGCAUUUAUUUGUGGAGGUUGGAUUUCUCUGCUGUAAUUUUUUUUGGCUGUCUAUUGACAUCUGCCAUUAUGUGCACAUCUGCGGCUAUACUUCAUUGAAAGUAAACAAAGAUCUUGGGAACAGAUCUGACCAGCAAGAAUUUUAUGAGACUACUGGUUUCUAAGAAUGAUCAUAUUUUUAUUCUUGUCUACUCUCUGUACAUACAUGAAAUGUUAUGCAAGUCAGAAUGCGACAGUGCAAGGAGUGUGCUGUACACUAUGAAAGAAAAUAAAUAUAAAUUCUUAAAUUAUCACAUUAAGGAUGUGGUAAAUGAUGGA